UGGUGAGUUGGAGAGUUCGUAAAAUUGACGCAGAGUUAACCAACUCCCCAACACUAGAAUCAAUUGAAUCGUCGGAAAUCAUGGAGACUUGGGAUCCGACAACGAAAUCGACGCUGACGCAGAUCCCACUGCUGUCGGUGAAGGCCGGGCCGCGCGACGGCGCCGCGUGGACGCUGCGGCUGAAGGAGGAGUACAAGGCGCUGAUCGCGUACACCGCCAUGAACAAAUCCAAGGACAACGACUGGUUCAGGAUCUCCGCCGCCAACCCGGAGGGCACCCGCUGGACCGGCAAGUGCUGGUACAUCCACAAUUUGCUCAAAUACGAGUUCGAUUUGCAAUUCGAUAUUCCCGUUACUUAUCCCGCCACCGCCCCUGAACUCGAAUUGCCCCAACUCGACGGCAAAACCCAAAAGAUGUAUAGAGGAGGGAAGAUAUGCCUGACAGUGCAUUUCAAGCCGCUGUGGGCUAAAAAUUGUCCUAGGUUUGGCAUAGCACAUGCGCUUUGCUUGGGCCUUGCACCAUGGCUUGCUGCAGAGAUUCCUAUUCUUGUUGAUUCUGGAAUGGUCAAGCACAAAGAUGAUAUGGCCGCAUCCAGUGAGUCCUCUGAUGUGAAGGCUGUUUGAGUGCUAACUAAUCAAUCGUUAACGAAUUAUACAGCCUAGUAGGAACAUAACUUUAUGAGAAUUCAAAUCGUAGAGUGUCUGGUUUUUGUCCGGGAUAUUUAAACCUCUUGAAAUGGAUGUUUUUGACUUAUUUCGUUGUUGCUUAUUCCAUGCUGAGUUUAAACUCUACACAGAAUCUAAUAAUUUGUAAUACAUGUUACUGAGUCUUCAAUCCAUUUUUCUGGUAUUUAUUGCUC